CAAGGACAGAGCAGAGACCCCUCCGAGCUGGGGGCAGCAAGGGAGCCAAACUCCUUCAGCUGUUCCCAUCCCUGUUUUUCUCUCCCUCUCCACGAUUUCCAGAGAUCCAGGAUCCAGGUGUGGCUCUACGAGCAGGUGAACAUGAGGAUAGAAGGCUGCAUCAUCGGCUUUGACGAGUACAUGAACCUGGUGCUGGACGAUGCCGAGGAAAUUCAUUCCAAAACCAAGUCCAGGAAGCAGCUGGGUCGGAUCAUGCUGAAGGGGGACAACAUCACCCUCCUGCAGAGCGUCUCCAGUUAGGAUUGGGCUGGAAAAUCGGGAUUGGGAGCUCUGGAAAACCGGGAUGAGCCGGAGCUGGAACUCCCUGCGCUUUCUUUGGGAAUUCUGUUUUGUAGUUCGGGGCUUUGGGAAAUAAAAAUGUUUUUUGACAAAA